AUGGAUGAUAUAAAAGUAGAAUACCAUCCAAGCAGUGGCCGAGCUGCAAGCAUCAAGCACUUUUCUGAGUUCACACGUGCAUCAUCUAGAAAGAACCACAUCAUUAACUCAAAGCCUUGGUCUCCUUUUCGGUCACGUACUGACUUUGAAUUUGCAGAGAUUGCCCUUGAGGCUGCGCUGAACAAGGAUCAGAUAACAAGACUAAUAAAUCUGAUUCAGUGGUGUGGGAAGAAGCCAGAUUCAUUCACAUUGAAAAGUCACACCGAGCUAUGUGAAGCAUGGAAAGCUGCUGCCCAUGAUCUCACACCGUUUUCUAAAGUAACGAUUUCAGUUCCUUUCCGAAAUGAAGAGCAUCAAUUUGAUGUCCAUUUCCACCCACUGUGGGACUGGGCAUUGGAUCUAUUAAAUGAUCCGGAGCUGGCACCACAUUUUCCAUGGACGGCAAAGGAUUUUUGGGAUAUUCAGUCGAAGCUCCCUGAAGGUGCAAAGCCAUUUUGUUUCAUUUUGUAUGCGGACAAGACAAAGUUGUCUUCGUUUGGUUCUACAAAAGGUUAUCCGGUUGUUGCACGUUGUGCAAACCUGCCAGUUGAUAUCCGCAAUAGUAGAGGUGUGGGAGGUGGUCGAGUUGUCGGGUGGCUUCCUGUGGUAGAUAAUGAUGAGGCUCAUAAAGGCAAAACAACAUUUGCCAACUUCAAGAACAUUGUCUGGCAUGAGGCAUUUUUGAAGAUUCUCGAGUCUAUUGAACCUCUCUCAAAGACAGGAUACUGGCACGAGGACAUUAUUGAUCAUAUUCAGCGACAUCUUUUCCCUAUUAUGUUGAUUUUGUCAGCUGAUUACGAGGAACAGUGCGCAAUGGCCUCAACACGAGGGGGAAAGUCCAAAUUUCCAUGCCCAGUUUGUCUGGUUCCGAAAACAAAACUAUCUGACCACAGUCAAAAGUAUGAUAUUCGGACCAGUGUCAAAUCUGAGGCUACAGUAAGAAAUGCAAAUUUUCAGCCAACGGAAGCAGAAAAAGAAGAGAUUUUGAAAAGCCAGGGGCUUCGGCCUGUUAAUAAUGUAUUCUGGAAGCUUGGGUACUCUGAUGUCCAUUGUGCCUUAUCUUGGGACCGAUUACAUGCCCAUCAUACUGGUUUAUGGGGUCAUCAUCUUUGGAAGGAGCUCAUAUUCUGGAUAUAUCAGCUUGGCCGGCCAGCUGCAAUACAACUUGAUGAUCAGUUUAAGAAAAUGCCCCGAUGGCGUAACUUGAACCAUUUUGAUAAUGUUGUCAGUUUAGAAUUUGCAGAUGCUACGAAGCAUGAAGAUAUUUCUAAGAUGGUUCUGUUUUGCGCUCAUAACAUUUUUGAUGCAGGCUCUAAUAAAUUGGCAUAUACUCUCCUACGAUGCAUUCACCAUUACCUUAAUGUUGAUAUGUACACAGCCUUGGAAGUUCAUACAACGGAGACUAUUGCAGCAGGCAGGGAUGCCCUGAAAAUCUUUUCUCAGACAAUGGAUGAAUAUAUCAAGGCUAUUGAAGGAACCCGCGAGAAGGACAAGGACUGGAACUUCCCAAAAAAACACACUAACAUCCAUGUUUUCGAUGACAUUGAAGCCAAAGGUGUUACCCGAAAUUAUAAUACUAAGCCGAAUGAACAGCUACAUGGGCCUCUCAAAGAUUCAUAUCAGCUGCGAACAAAUUUCAAAGAUGUUGCCGAGCAGAUUCUCCGUGCAGAUCACUGGUGCUACGUGUCAAAAUAUAUUCGCCAGAACAUCACAGCAUUUGACGAUAGCCUAAGACCUGACCCAACAAUACAAGAUGUCAACGAUGUGGAUGAUAUUACAAAUGCUAGUGGUCCCGUUAACGACGGAACUGGUCAUGUUUUGCUGGGCUCAAUACGCCCUUCAGUGACAUUUCAGGCCCUGGAGCAGCUGCAGAAAGAUGAUGUUGCAUUUAAUGGAUUUCGCAUAAAGCUUGCUAAUUUUUUGAAUAAUUUCCUCCCAUCUAUCAAUGUUCCACUGCCUGGGGGCAGACAUAUCAAACUUAGCACGGCAGACAAGAUCACCGAGUAUCGGUUUCUGAAAGUUAACUACGAAUCUUUUGUCGACUGGCGGCAAUAUACGGACUAUUUGCAAUGCAGUCCGAAGUUCUACAACCACCCACAUUAUGACUGUGUCCUGCUCCAAACGACAAAUGGGGCGAUUUUUGCUCGCCUAGUGUUCGUCUUCACAUGCAGCGUUGACAAUGCCACCUAUUUAUUGGCGCUGGUUCAGCCUUAUGAUGCUCCAACAGGCCAGCGCAGACGCAAAGAUAAAGAUUUACAGCUUUGGAGGCUUCGUUCAAAGCUGCGCUCUGCAACUGAAAUCGUUCCUGUUCGGUCUAUCAUCCGUGGUGCAGCAUUGGCACAAGACUACGAUAAUCCUGGAGAUUUCUUUGUCAUAGAUACUAUUGACACUGACUGGUUCUUACGGAUAAAAAAGAUCUGGAAUGGAUCACUUCAUUCAUAA